UUCCACAACUAUUAAAGCUAAAAUUACAAACAAAAAGAAAACUCCUAAGAGUAAAACACAAAACAAACAAGUUAAAAUAAUAACAUUGUAAAAGAAAAGAAAAACUCUCUUUAAAAGAAGAAAAGCAGUUAAACAAAAUAUUACAAAACUGUUUAAAUUUAAAACUAAAAACAUUUAUUGCAAAAAAAGAAAAGAAAAUUUUCAAGUAUUUUAGAAUUUGUUAAAAACAAACAAAACUUUGUGAAAAUAAUUGUGAAUUGAGUUUCAAGUUUAUAAUUUAUUUGAAUUUCCUCCAAAAUGCCGGUUGAUAUUUAUACACAACAAUUUGUGCCACCAAGAGCUUCAGCUCCUAUACCCGUUGCAUCGUUUAGCGGUUCUGAUAGUCCUAUCUCUUCUUGCUCGCCCACUGAAAACUGCUACAAACACUUCAACAUGAAUAAACUCUGCCGUCAAGUGUCAAUUGAAUCGCCUGGACCACAGGUGAAAAAUUGUGUUUUCAACUUUUUCGUACCCAUUGAAGAUACACCACCAUGCGGUGCUCGCAUUAAAAUUGUAUGUGCCGGUGCCUGCUAUAGACGUCGUGAUCGUUCGGCCUCCAUAACCAGCAUGUCAUCGGUAUCUUCGGAUUUGAGUGAUUAUUGUCCACCGCCCGCCAGCUCAUCACCAGCACAUGCUGGUGUACGUGAGGGUUCAUUUUUCCCCGGCUACGAAGUGGCCGGUGUUAUUGAGUCGUUGGGCAGUGAGGUGACAGAUAAGAAUAAUAUGGGUUUGAAGAUCGGACAGCGCGUCAUUGUUUAUCCCUUUGAGGAGGCACCUACUGGUUAUGCUGAAUUGAUGGCUGUACCAGAAUUGAAAUAUGUUGUACCCAUUCCUGAUGGUUUACCCAUGCCGGUAGCAGCCAUGUUGCCCACUGGUGCUCUCUUGGCCAUGAAUGCUGUCUUCAAGGCUCACGAAGUUGUAACACAGACUUUGAAAAACAAGAGUGCCGAUGAUCCGAAUAAAAAAUGUAAAAUUUUAAUAGUUGGCACUGGCGGUCUGGCAUUGUGGGCUGUACGUCUUGCCGCCUAUCAUUUCGCAAAUACAGGAGUGGAUAGUUCAAUUGAACUAACAGUUGCCAGUCUCAGAGAUGAGGGCUUCCGUUUAGCAACAGAAAUUAAGAAUGUCAGUGUUGUACAAUGGAAUGAAUGCUUGUAUGAACCUCAGUUGAUUGAACGUACUAAAGAUCUGUGCGGUGGUCCCGUCGAUAUUGUCAUUGAUUUUGGCACCACUUCACGCAGUCUUCAUCGUUCCAUGCAUUGUCUCAAUAAGGGCGGCGUUGUGCUCAUUAGCGAGGAUGUGGCUGAGAAAUUAAUGCCCAAAUUUUCCAGACUCUCCAUUGAGAACAAUCAACAAAUCAUACCCAUUUCUAGUGGUUCGGUUGAACAAUUGCGUACAUUGGUCGAGAUAGUAGCGGAUAAGAAAAUUGAACCACCACCACAUUCGGUAUUUCCCUGUGAACAGGCUGCCGAAGUUAUACAGAAAUUGUGUAGUUCUGAAAUACCUGGACGUGCUAUCUUGCGUUUCCAUGAUAUUGAAUAAUUUCCCAAAAAUUUUAAACAGUUUCACCAACUAACAUCAAAAAAAAAACCCAAAUCAUUUUUAGUAUUACAAGCAACAAACAAAGAAAAACAAAAAGAAAUGGAAAUCUAAUCAGGUCUAAACUAGUAUUUUGGAAAAGUUUGUUUUAACAUCAUUAUCUUGCUAUUAACAGCAAAUACUACAUACAUUUUUUUUAUCAUUAAACAAAACAAAAAAAAAACUCAGGCAUCCAUUUAUAGUUGAUGCCCAGUAAAUGUCUAUUUUAUUGUUAAUAUUUGGACCGUAGAAUUAAAAACAAAAAUAUUACAAAACAGGUCAUCAUAUUAGAUGUUGUACUACUCAUAACUUAAUAAUUAAGUAAUAAUUUUCCUUAUUAUUUGUAAGUUUUAUGCUCUGAUCUUUGAAUUUUAUUUUUUAAUUUAAGUUUGAUUUAAUCAAAAACACAAGUAUUCUUUUCAACAAAUAUUGAGCUUAACUAAUAAAGCAAUUAAUUGUUUUAUGUUUUUUUUUAUAAGCAAACUUACUUAUACUUUAUUACAUAUUUAUUAAUUUUUAUUUUAAUUAGUUAUUUUAAGUUUUUAAUGUUUAUUUUAAUUUUAUUUUUUAAUUUUAUUUUUCAUUUUUUUAUAAAAUAUUAAAUGCUAUUGAAACAUUGAAUGUUUUUUUAAAUUAUAUAUAAAUUACCAAAAACAAACAUAUAAAUUUGUUAAAUUGCUUAACUCUAAUGUUAUUUCACUUGGCUUAGAUAUCACUCAAACAAAAAUAUAAAUUUAAUAAAAAUGAUAUAAAA